AUGCAUGUGCAUGCCUCUCGUGAAAUGGAUCAUCUUGAAAAGAAUAUGGGCUUUUUAGCGUCUGUUGGCUCCACAGCUCCCUUUAUUGGCUUGUUUGGAACAGUUUGGGGAAUUAUGAAUAGCUUCCAGGGUAUCGCCGCCUCUCAAAGUACAAACUUGGCUGUUGUUGCUCCUGGUAUCGCAGAAGCUUUAUUUGCAACAGCUCUAGGUCUAGUUGCUGCUAUUCCUGCAGUUUUAGCCUAUAACAAGCUCACCUCUGACAUGGGACGUUAUGGUGCACGCCUAGAAGAAUUUGUGACUGAGUUCACAGCCCUUAUUUCACGUCAAUUGGAUGAGAAAUAA